AUGACUUCAAUAUCAAGCAUUAUAUUAUUAGUACUCUUACUUAUCGUAUCUAUAGUAUUGGGUAGUGAUCCAUUAAAUGUAGAUAAAGAGUUUGUCGUAAAACCAGAAGGGAAAGAGACAGUAGAACUAGUACAUCAAUCACUAAGAUGUGCUAUCACAUAUGAAGCUUCUGGUGGAUCAAGUGAAACAUGGGCUAUUAAUAUAGUUGAUAAUGGUGAUGGUUAUAUGUGUAUGAUUGGAAGACCUCAACCACCAAGUUAUAUCUUGUUCAAAGACAUUACAAUAUCAUUUACCAAUGGUAAACAAUCUUUACAUACUGCAGAGUUGAUGGACAAUGAUGGUUCAUUAUUAAUUAAAGAUCAAUUUAUCAUUGAUGAUAAACACAAUGUACGUCCUGGUCGUAAUUGGAACAAAAAUUUGGUAUUGGCAACUUUACUACUUUAA